UUUCAUCAGAUCAGGAAGAAAACCAGAGCUCUGGUGAGAAACUCUCAGUGUGUCUGCCUGGACGAUUUGUCACAAGGAACAAUGCUGCCCCGAUGGGAACUGUCUUUUUACCUGUUUGCUUCACUAGGCUUCCACUUAUAUUCUUUCUAUGAAGUUUACAAAGCUUCUAGAGAACAUGAAGAGGAGCUGGAUCGACAGUUUGCCCUGGAGAUUGGCACUUUAUUUGGAGGAUUAAAGAAGGACCCGACCGACUUUGAGUGGAGCUUCUGGAUGGAAUGGGGCAAACAGCGGCUGGUGCAGUUUCUGUUUGGUCACAUGGCUGUGUCUCAGCUGGCCAACAUGCUUGCAAGGAAGCACAGACCCUGGAUCCUGGGGGCUUAUGGAAUAUGGGCCUCCUGGUGUGUGCUGGGGGCCCAUGGCACCGCCAUUAUUUUUCUCCACACCCUCAUCUCCUUCUGUGUAGCCCAGUUCCAGUCGCUGGUCCUCACAUGGCUCUGUUCUCUCCUCCUGCUCUCCACACUGAGGCUGCAAGAUGUGGAGGAAGUUAAGAGAGGCUGGUACCAGACAGAAAACGAGUACUACUUGCUGCAGUUCACGCUGACUGUGCGCUGCCUAUCCUACACCAGCUUCAGCCUGGAGUUCUGCUGGCAGGAGAUGCCCACCGGGAGCAGCUUCUACUCCUUUCCCUGGCUGGUGGCCUAUGUCUUCUAUUACCCUGUCUUCCACAAUGGGCCCAUCCUCAGCUUCCCGGAGUUCAUCGCAAAGAUGCAGCGGCAAGAGGACUGCUCGCUGAAGUCCAACCUUUCCGCCUUUGCCGUGGGGCUGGGUCGCCUGCUCUGCUAUUGGUGGCUGGCCGAGCUGAUGGUUCACCUCAUGUACAUGCACGCGAUCUACAGCAGUGCCUCCCUCCUGAGGGCUGUCUCUUGUUGGACCUUAGGAGGACUGGCGUUGGCCCACGUGCUCUUCUUCUAUCUGAAGUACUUGGUGCUCUUCGGUGUCCCAGCUCUGCUCAUGCGCCUGGAUGGACUCACGCCGCCGCCCCUCCCUCGCUGUGUGAGCACCAUGUUCAGUUUCACCGGCAUGUGGAGGUAUUUUGAUGUUGGACUGCAUGAUUUCUUAAUCAGGUAUGUGUACAUUCCAGUAGGCGGGUCCCAGCAUGGCCUGCUGGGGACACUGUUUUCCACCGCAGUGACGUUUGCGUUUGUGAGCUUCUGGCAUGGUGGCUAUGACUACCUCUGGUGCUGGGCGGCCCUCAACUGGCUGGGAGUCAGCGUGGAGAACGCAGUCCAGAGGCUUGUGCAGACCCCGUGCGUCCAGGACAGCGUGGUCCAGUUCCUCUCCCCGCAAGCCCGCCGCCGAUUCCACGCCGCCCUGGCGUCCUGUUCCACCUCCAUGCUGAUCCUGUCCAACCUAGUGUUUCUCGGGGGCAGUCAAGUGGGGAAGAUCUACUGGAACAGGAUCUUCAUACAAGGCUGGCCAUAUGCGACCCUCUCUGUCCUGGGAUUCCUCUACUGCUACUCGCACGUGGGCAUCGCCUGGGCCCAGACAUACUCGGUGGACUAAUGCCGCCCGGCCGGCACCAGCCCUUCCUGCUG